AUGCAGCGCGCGGCGCAGUUCGUGCUGCUCUGCAUGGCGCACAUCUCGCCAAGUGCGUGCGACGUGGCAGGCGGCGCGGGCUCGGUGAACGCGCUGCCGGCCGGCGGCUCAGCGCGCCUGGCGCCCAGCUUCGACGCCGCCACGCCGCGCAACGUUACGGCACUCGUGGGCAAGAGCGCCUAUCUCAGCUGCCGCGUGCGCAACCUCGGCAACCGCACGGUGUCCUGGAUCCGCCACCGCGACCUGCACAUCCUCACGGUGGGCGGCUACACGUACACGUCGGACCAGCGCUUCCAGGCCACGCACUCGCCGCAGACGGACGACUGGACGCUGCAGAUCAAGUGGGCGCAGCAGCGCGACGCGGGCGUGUACGAGUGCCAGGUGUCCACGCAGCCCGUGCGCUCCUUCUUCGUCACGCUGCACGUUGUCGAUUGCGACGAGAUAUACCAGAGGAUGUUCUCAGAUGGAGUGCCGUCGGCGCGCAUCCUGGGCGGGCCCGACCUACACGUGGACAUCGGCUCCACCAUCAACCUCACGUGCCUCAUCCAGUUCAGCCCCGAGCCGCCCGCCUACAUCUUCUGGUACCACGAGGACGAGGUGAGCGGACGCAAAGUGAUCUCGUACGACUCGACGCGCGGGGGCGUGUCGGUGGUGACGGAGAAGGGCGCCGCCACCACGUCCUACUUGCUGGUGCAGGACGCCGCGCCCGCCGACUCGGGCCGCUACUCCUGCGCGCCCUCCAACGCGGAGCUCGCCGCCGUGCGCGUGCACGUGCUCAACGGCGAGCGGCCGGCCGCCAUGCAGACGGGCUCGGCCGGGCUGUCGGACAGCGGGCGCGCCGUGCUGGCGCUGCUGGGUGCCGCCGCGCUGCACGCGCGCCUGCUGCGCGCGCUGCUCGCCAGCUGAUGCCGGGGACCCGCCGGCUAAGUUGCCCCCCACGUCGCACGCUGGCAGAACUCGCAGGAGGCUCCGGGCUCACGCGGCACUGACGAGGCACGCUUGCACCGAGCAGGAUCAUUGUCGAGUCCGAUGAGUGCACUCCAUUCGAAGCUCCCACUUUUUAUUAUGUUUUAUUUUAUAUAUUCAGUAACAGUCAAUAACCCAAGUAUGCUAAUUGCGAUUGAUAUUAGGACACUAGUUUUAUUGACUUAGAUUUUGUAUGCAGGCGAA